CUGCGACCCGCCCAUUGAUUAAAAGCAGUGCACAUUCACAAGUCACUCCUCGACCUUCUUCACACACGGACAGCUGCACAAUAAAGAAGCAGUAUGCUGCUUCCCAAAGAGCUGAAGUAUGCGGCCAUUGCUGGCGGAGUGGCAAUAUUUGGUCUCAUCUUCGGAUGGGUGCUGUUUCCCACCAUUUUAAAGAGCCAACUGAAAAAGGAAAUGGCUUUAUCGAAGAAGACGGACGUGCGCCAGAUGUGGGAGAAGAUCCCCUUUCCUCUAGACUUCAAGGUGUACAUAUUCAACUAUACUAAUGCUGAAGAAGUUGCGAAAGGAGCUGUACCAAUCCUGAAGGAGAUUGGGCCUUAUCAUUUUGAUGAAUGGAAAGAGAAAGUAGACGUGGAAGAUCAUGAAGAAGAUGAUACGAUUACUUAUAAAAGACGAGAUGUGUUCUACUUAAACCCUGAGCUGACUGCUCCAGGGUUGACAGGAGAAGAAAUUGUGGUGAUACCACACGUCUUUAUGCUGGGCAUGGCGUUAACAGUCCAGAGAGAAAAGCCAGCCAUGUUGAAUAUGGUUGGCAAAGCGAUGAACGGGAUCUUUGAUGAUCCUCCUGAUAUAUUCUUGAGGGUCAAAGCUAUGGACAUCUUGUUCCGAGGGAUGAUCAUCAAUUGUGCUAGAACUGAGUUUGCUUCAAAGGCCACUUGUACUGCACUGAAGAAGGAAGCUGUCAGUGGACUUGUUUUGGAACCUAAUAACCAAUUUCGGUUCUCAAUAUUUGGAACGCGAAACAACACAAUAGACCCUCACGUGAUAACAGUCAAACGUGGUAUAAAGAAUGUGAUGGAUGUCGGUCAAGUGGUGGCAGUGGAUGGUCAGACGGAACAGACCAUUUGGAAGGACACGUGCAAUGAGUACCAGGGCACUGACGGUACUGUGUUCCCACCCUUCUUAACUGAGAAUGAUCGCCUUCAAUCUUUCUCCACUGAUUUGUGCAG